GCCCCGCCCCCCGGGGAGGGCCGGGCGCCGUCGGCCGUGGCUGCCGCUCACGUUCCGGGAAACUCCGUGCCCUGAAGAGUUUUUUUUUUUCGUCGUUUCUCCGGUGGGCGUUGUGGAACUGCUGCUUCCUUCGGUAAACUGCAGCAGCGUAGGUCGCCAUGAGCUCCGGGACACUCGGCUUGGGGUCAGGAGACUCCGAGCUGUCAAGGGGCAGCCAGAAGCAGUGGCAUGGAGAAGUCACUCAGGAUCUCCGAAGCCACUUUGUUCAUAAAUUAGUCCAAGCCAUCUUUCCUACUCCUGACCCUGCAGCACUGAAGGAUCGGCGUAUGGAGAAUCUGGUGGCAUAUGCUCGGAAAGUGGAAGGGGAUAUGUAUGAAUCGGCAAACAGCAGGGAUGAGUACUAUCACUUGCUAGCAGAGGAGGUCUGUAAGAUUCAGGUGGAGUUGGAGGAUAAAUGAAGAACGCAGCUGCAGAAGCAAAACAUGAUCCCAAAUGCUCCGGGCAUGCCACAGGCUCCCAUGAAUCAAGGGCCCAACAUGGGACAGCCCCAGCCAGGGAUGUCUGCAAGUAAGAAUGGUUGGGUUACUGACUGCCAGGUGCAGGGAAUCCUGUACUUCCAUUAUCAUCAUGGUCAGGCUGGUGACCAUUUCCCUCUUUUCAUUUCACAGUUACCUUUGUAAAAUUAGUCUGCAAAAAGUUGAGCAGUACAGUUUUAUUUUUUAAUUUCUUCUGUUUGCUUGUUGGUUUGCUGAGCUGUUCUACCUUACUUUCCUUUUUCAAAGACAGUAUUGUAAAUGUAUGACCAAGGGUUACGAGUCUAUAAACAUUUUUUCUUCAAGUUGGCUGCCUUCUAAAUGGAACCCUUGCAAUGUUUUUUAUUUUCUUACAGUGUCAGCAUAAGAAGUGAGAGAAAAAGCAUUACUAAAGCCAUGUGCCCCUUCCCACUGCACUCAAGAAUUUGGUAGCUGGCCCUGUAAUCAGAAUAGCUUCCACUUGGUGCUGGAAGUGAAACUAGGCCCAUGGACUGCCAGGAUUUUCAUGAGCACUUUGAAAUGACAGAGUAGAACAUUAAAAGAGGAGGCUCUGGAGGAGCAGCAAAUGAAUUUAUGAAGCCUGGGGUCCUGGAGCAUGAGCUCCCCACCCCAGAGCAUGGGUGAGGGGACAGUCCCAGGAGAAAAGCACAAAGAGCCAGUGUGCCAGUGCUCCUAAAGAAAGGUGUGGUGAUGAGGGACACAGCUGGUGCUGAAGUAGGAAAAACUGCUCCAGCUGCACAACUUGGAGUUGAGCACCUGUGUCCAGCUCUGAGAAAGCAGCCUGGCUGCUGUCCCGCAGGUAAAAUCCUUCCCAUUGCACCCUGAACUCCAUCUGUGCUUUCACCUGACAGCAGCCUUUUUUAUAAUGAUCUUUCUAAAAUUUUUAUUUCAGAUGGCAUCAAAACAGAGACCAGGCCGAGAGCAGCAGUAGGGAAGGAGGCAGGAAAAGUGAAGUCUAAUCUAAGUUUUGGGGUUUGAUUUCUUGAGAUUGUCAGUGUUGUUAUAUCCCUAGAGAAAGGAGCUGGCUUUACAAAGAUAUUGUGAUUAAUGUUACAUAACAAAGUUUUUAUCAUUAAAGAGAAUAUCAGUAUUGCUUAAUUUAAAUUUGAUUCAAUUAUUUAAAUACUAUUAUUUAUUGAAAAAGUUUAUUUAGAACCGCAGUGGCAAGUGAACAGCCAUGGGAUGGGGACUGCCUUUAAAAAUAUUUUGUGUCAACACAGAACUCCUUUUUUUUAAGCUCUCAAGAAGCCUGGAGCCAGCCUGCCUGUGACCUAAGGGAGCAGUGCUGCCUGUUCUGCCCUGGGAAGGAAGCAGGGGCUGCACACCAGCAAUAGCUCAUAGUGUGUUACAUGGAAGAUUGCUGCAGGAAGAGAGAUUUAAUGAACCUUUAA